AAGGGAAAACCUAAUUAACUUUUAAAUUCCUUUUUCGCUCAUUUCUAAACAUUAAAUCAUUAAGCCUAAAGUUUCUCAAAGUGAAAGGGAAAGGAAGUCGUUCCUUUUCCCUUUUUUUUCUUUAGUAUUAAUAAAUUAAUGUCAUCUUCGGAGACUAACAAUCAUAUUAAAAAUAUGAAUUCCUUUGUACCAAAAUUAUAAAUUAUUUUUCAUGGUACUUAAUUAACCUAACUGUAGACUUAAAUAAAGAAAAGUAUCCUAAUACUGUAAACUUAAAUAAAGAAAAUUAACCUAAUACUAAUUAAAAAAAUCACUAAAAGAUAACAAAUAUAGAAACGCACAAUAAGCCUAUACAUUGCAAACAUGUCAGCGCCUACUAAAAAAACAUUUGAAUUCUAAUUUCUAUUCAGAAAAUGAAUAAUCCUACCCAUCAAAACUCCAAAAUCCAACCCUAAUCUAUGAGUUUAAAAGCCCUCAAGCUCAAUGUCAAAAUGGUAUAACCAAUCCACAAUAAUGGCAGUUCAAUCAUAAAAUCCUACCCUAAUUAUAACGCAAUUGAUAACAUAAUGAUAUAACCAAUCCAACAUAAUGGCAGUUCAAUCAUAAUAUCCAACCCUAAUUAUAUAUAAGUAACAUAAUAAUAUAACAAAUCCAAAAUAAUGGCAAUUCAAUCAUAGAAUUCAAUCCUAAUUAUAACGCAAUUGAUAACAUAACGAGUCAAAGAUUUUUUAAGAUAAAGGUUCGUAUAUUUGUUUUCAUUUUGGUUUUUUCUUCCAUCAUGAUCAUCAUAAUAGCAUCAAAGUUUAAACCCUUGAAUGUCCGGUAAAGGUAAUGCAUCUAGGGGGUCUUAGGCACAAAAUUUAGAUACCAAACUCCAAGCUUUGACAUGUGACAUGUGACAUGGAAUCACAAAUCUUUAAUUAUUCCCAUUCUUUUAACAGAGAGUAAGUAAGAAAUAAACUUGUGGUCUGAAAACUUUCAUUAGGCUAAAAACAAAGACGCAAUAGAGGGUGGAUAAAGUAAUUACAGAACAUAAGAAACUACAAAAAACAUGUAAAGCCAAGGUGACCAAAAUAUUCGCUCAAAAAACACGCCAACUAAAUUUUAAGGUUUUUUAAGAAGUUUCUCUAAAUUUAGGCACCCUUCGUUGUCUCUCUCAUUCUCUACGAGGAAGAGAGAGAAGGAGGUAUUACCGCCACCACAUGAUGGCCCCAUAAUUCGCCUUAUAAAGGUGAAUUUGUUAUGUAUAUAAACACCACUGUACUUGUCUAUUGUCAGAGGGAGAGCGACCGCACUAAGAGUUGCACCAAUGGCCCCUCUCCUGUCCUCUUUUUUUGUGUUCUCUCUUUUGCUUAUUGUUGUUUUCGUGCAAGCCGGUGAACAUCAAUCCACUCCAUUUACUUAUAUGGGCCCGCAAGGACCUGAAAAUUGGGGAAGUCUGUGUCCAAGUUAUGCAGCUUGCUCCAAUGGAAAAUCGCAGUCGCCAAUAGACAUUGUGACGAACCUCGCUGCGACUAGCAAUUAUCAUCAGACACUAGUCAAAAGAUACACUGCUGCUAAUGCUACACUCAUCAACAAUGGAUUUAACAUUGGGGUGCACUUUGAGAAUGGCUCAGGUGGAAUGGCUGUCAUAAAUGGUAAAAGCUACACCCUCCAACAAAUGCAUUGGCAUUCUCCAUCGGAGCACCGCCUCAACGGCCAGCUAUUUGCAGCCGAACUUCAUCUAGUCCAUCAAGCAGACGAUUUCAGCCUCUCAGUCAUAGGAAUCCUCCUCCAAUACGGCGAUCCCGAUCCCCUGCUCCAGCAGGUACAAGACAAAUUGGCGGCGUUAGCGAAUGGAACCGGCACCAACAAAGAGGUUUACGUUGCACUCGGAGACCUAGAACCAAAGCUCGUGAGGAAGAACAAAUAUUACAGAUACACCGGCUCUCUCACCACUCCUCCCUGCACCGAGAACGUCAUGUGGACCAUUCUCGGCACGGCGAAGACGAUUUCGAAGGAACAGAUAAAAGCACUAAAGUUGCCAUUGGCUCCGGUCUACAAGAACAACGCCCGGCCAGUUCAGCCGCUUAACGACCGGAAGGUUGAGAUUUUCGAGGAGUAGUCAAAUCUCUCUCUCUCCCCCUCUCUCUAUCGGCGCCAUCUUUUGCCGCUCAAUUAACAAUCGAUUUAAGCAAAGUGAAUUUUUUGGCUUGCGAA